CUAGUUUAAUUUUGCACAUCGAUACUAUUCCUAGUCUAAGAAAGCUCUGUGCAAGCCUCAGACCAACGAAAAUAUGCAGUGUGACUGGGUGCCCAUACAAACUGAUAGCCUAGGCAAACUUCCAGGAUACCACGAAUCUGAGAUUACCUACUCGUUCGAUCUCCCUGAAAUUCCAGCCGAAGCAAAAGAGGUCCUCGUUUAUACAUUCAUGACUACGAUCGGAAAUGGUUCCUUUCAGCGAGGCUACUACGAGAUUUUCACGAGUGACGGUGGCAAGGAUUUCAAGCAGUACAUGAACGUAGCCACUGGCGAUGGCAUCAACAUUGUCAACUCCAUCAACGCGUGGUUUCCUGUCAAGGAUAAGAGGGAGUUGAAAGUGAAGUUGUAUCACCCUACGAGUCUGAAAAGUAAGAAAAAGCACAUUGCAGGCGAGCUGGAACCCCAGGAAUGGAGUGAUGUGUACAUCAUCGGUUACAGAACCUGAAGUUCAACUAGACUCUAGCACUUUCUGGUGGAGCACCAUGCCUUUGACAUUUAGCACGCAGACAUAUUUAAAGUGCGCAUUUAAGGAGAGAACAUAACUAGGUUUUUCAAUUUUUGUGUUGUAGAUUUUGAAAUGUUUGUCAAGGGUUAAAUUAAGCUUAAUAAAGAACGCUAAUGUAGGAGUAAA